CAUUAACUGUGAUGUGCUUCACGGGAGAGGAAAGGAAGAACCCAUGUUCAACAUGAUCUCCACAGUCUUCAUUCUCUUUGUCUUUCAGCUGAUGGGGGAUAAUGGAGUUUCUAGCACCUACACUGUCCAGCAAACACCUCCUUCCAUCAUUAAGAAAGUUGGUCAAGCUGUUUCCAGUGAGAUCCACUGUUCACAUGAGGUGUUAAUUUUUGAACGGAUUCUCUGGUACAAACAAGACAAAGACAGAGCUCCACAGUUCCUCGGAUACCUAAAUCUGAACUCUCCCUACCCCGAGGAAGAUGUGAAAGGAAAAAUCAGCUUUAACGGAAAUGGCAAAAAAUAUUCAAACCUGACCAUUUCUAAUGUUUCAGUGACUGACAGUGCUGUGUAUUUCUGUGCUGCUAGUCAGCAUCAGGGCAGCGAAGCUUACUUUGGAAAAGGAACAAAACUGACUGUAUUAGAGCAAGAUCCCAUUACACCAAAUGUAACAGUACUGGCACCCUCAGUCAAUGAGUGCAAAAACAAGAAAGACAAGAAAAGGAAGAAGACCCUCGUCUGUGUGGCCUCUGGUUUCUACCCUGACCAUGUCGAAGUGUAUUGGCAAAUGAACGAGAAAAAUGUCACUGAUGGUGUGGCGACAGAUGAAGCUGCAGAGCGCAUUGAAACCCCCCUAUCCUAUAGAAUCACAAGCAGGUUGAGAGUUUCUGCUAAAGAUUGGUUCACGGAGGGAAAAAAGUUUACCUGCAUUGUCAGUUUCAACUCUAGACACGUAACCACCAAACAUCAUGAUACAAUAUUGGGUGUUGAAGAUAAAGAAGAUAGAGGCACAGGAAGAGAGAAAUAUUUGAAGAUCACAAAUAAAGCCAAACUCUCCUACGCCGUUUUUAUCUUCAAGAGCUGCCUCUAUGGGGGCCUUUGUUGGAUUUUUGGUGUGGAGGCUGCAGAGUUCACCAGGAAAACGUAAAAAAUAAGAGCUGAGCUGUGGACUGACCACAGAUUUGGGACUUGGAUCAUUUAUGUUUUUUGUAAAUAAAAAUUAUAAAAGAUGCUGGUUUUAUUGCCACAACUUUGUGUGUUGCAGCCCAUUUGCAUUCAGAUAAAACUGCUAAGCUGAGAGGAAAAGGAGCAGUUAAAUCUUCAUAUAGUAUUAAAGCUAAUGCAUGAAAGUAAGUUUGGCUAAUUUUAUUUUAGUUUUAUUGUUUUUAUGAAACACUGGCUGUAUUCUUGCUGAACAAUUUCCACUUAAUGCUUCAUUUUCAUAUCAAUAAACAUUUAUGAGAGGA